AUGAAGAGCCUGUAUUCCCAGCUACUUCUCAUCUGCGUGGCGGCAGCAGCACUGCAUCUGCACGCAGCCAAUGCCUCCCAGGAGGCUCGCCUGAAGGCGUUCAUAUCGUCUAGAAUCACCGGCGAUAGCAGCAGCGGCGGCACGUUUAAAGCCCGUGAUAUAACCGACAGGUUUGCCGCCAGCCUGAGUGCAGAGAGCUCUGUUUCAGACCAGAGUUCCAUGAAGGCGGCCGACAAGAUCACGGCGUUGCCCGGGCAGCCGAAAGGCGUCGACUUCGACCAGUACAGUGGGUAUGUGACCGUCGACGAGGAGAACGGCCGCGCGCUCUUCUACUACCUCGUCGAAUCGCCUUCCGGUGCCUCCGAGAAGCCACUCGUCUUGUGGCUCAACGGAGGGCCAGGAUGCUCGUCACUAGGCUACGGAGCAAUGCAAGAGCUCGGCCCGUUCCGCGUAAGCCAAGACAACAAAACGCUAAUUAGAAACAUGAACGCCUGGAACAACGUGGCUAAUGUGAUCUUCCUGGAGUCACCCGCCGGCGUGGGAUUCUCCUACUCAAACACGCCCUCGGACUACGAUCUUAGCGGAGACGAAAUAACCGCGGACGAUGGAUUUGUCUUCCUAGUCAACUGGCUCAAAAGAUUCCCUGAGUAUCAAUACCGUGCCUUCUACAUCUCCGGGGAGAGCUAUGCUGGGCACUAUGUGCCAGAGCUCGCAGCCACCAUCCUAUUUCACAACACAUACCACAAUAGAACCAUCGUAAACCUACGGGGCAUCUUGGUUGGAAAUCCGUAUCUUGACGCCAACAGGAAUGUAAUGGGGAAGGUUGACUUCUUCUGGACCCACGGGGUGAUGUCGGACGAGAUCUACGCAAAUGUCACCAAAAACUGUGAGUUUGACGGCUUGGGUGGCAGUACGUUGGCAGAGCCGGCAUGCAUCGGCGCUUUGGAUCUAUUCGACGCAGGCCAAAUUGAUGGUUACAACAUAUACGCUCCAGUUUGCAUUGACGCGCCUAAUGGAACAUAUUACCCUAUUGGCUACUUGCCUGGGUAUGAUCCAUGCAGUGAUUAUCCAACGCAUGCCUACCUCAACGAUCCGGCGGUGCAGUAUGCUCUCCACGCGAGAACGACAAAGUGGGAAGGUUGCGGAAAUUUGCCAUGGAAAGAUGGGCCGAUGUCCAUGCUCCCAACCCUCAAAUUCUUAAUCGAGAGCCAGCUUCCUGUUUGGAUAUUCAGUGGCGAUUUCGAUUCUGUGUGCCCUCUUCCAGCGACGAGGUUUACUAUUCAAGACCUCGGCCUCCCUGUCACCACUCCAUGGCGUCCAUGGACAUCAAAGGAGGAGGUUGGAGGCUAUGUUCAGCAGUAUGCCGGGGGAUUCACCUUUCUAUCUGUGAGAGGAGCUGGCCAUCUGGUUCCGUCAUUUCAGCCUGAGAGAGCGUUGGUUAUGUUGAGCGCUUUCCUGAAAGGGAUGCUCCCGCCUUACAUCCAGGAGCAGUAGUAGCGGUGAUUCAUGAUGGGUACAAUAAAUUCCAUCCAUCAGAAGUCGAUCUUCGUUAGCGCCCAACUUGAUAACAAGUAAUAUGGCGGCGAUGGAGUCGCCACCUAGUAGAGGAGUGGGUUAAUGUUUUAGCAAGCCUGUCUUUUAGUUCUGUUAACGUUUUUGCUUCCAAGAUUUAUUUGCUUCAUUUUGG